AUGAUAAGAGAUUUCAAUGAAACUACACUAGAUGAAGUAUCCAGUGGGGCACAUGAAGAGAGGAUGUCAGUGGCUGGUGCAGGAAUGCGAAUCGAAAAGUUGCAAAAAGUCUUAGAUGAAGCAUCUGAACAAACUGGCAAAACCUUGGAAGAGACUCAAGCUGUUAAUUCAAUAAAUGCAGAAGGACGUAGAUUUGACCUGGUUGUUUUUGGUGCAACUGGCUUCACUGGCCAAUAUACAGUAGAUGAAGUAUCCAGAGUGGCAGAAGAAGAGAGGUUAUCAUGGGCUGUUGCAGGAAGGAGUAUGGAAAAGUUGCAAAAAGUCUUAAGUGAAGCAUCUGAGCGAACUGGCAAAACAUUGGAGGAGAUUCCAGUCAUUAUUGCUGAUGUGAGUAGCCCCCAGUCAUUAGCUGAGAUGGCCAAACAAACUAAGGUUGUUCUGAAUUGUGUUGGCCCAUAUCGCUUUUAUGGUGAGCCAGUUGUGCAGGCCUGCAUUGAGAAUGGAACACAUCAUCUUGACAUAAGUGGAGAGCCACAGUUUUUAGAAAAGAUGCAGCUGUUAUACAACAAAAAAGCUGCUGAAAAUAAUGUUUUUGUCAUUGGAUCAGUUGGCUUUGAUAGCAUUCCAGCAGAAAUUGGACUUGAAUACACCAGACAGCAGUUUAAAGAAGGUGAACUUAGUAACGUUGAGAGUUUCAUAGAAACUAAAGUGGGACCUGAGGGAGCAGUCAUUAACACUGGAACAUUCGAAUCAGCUGUUUAUGGUGUUGCAUACAGAAAUGAAUUGGGCUCCUUAAGAAAAGCUUUGUAUCCUGACCCAAUGCCCAAAUUGGACUAUAGACUUCCCAAACGCUCCUUCCUGUUCUUCAAUGAUGACCUGAAGAAAUGGUGCUUACCUUUUCUUGGCAGUGAUAAAUCUGUUGUCUACAGAACUAUCAGAGAUGGGCUGAACAGUCAGAGACUUAAGAAACCUAUUGAAUUUAUUCCGUACACUUGUUGUUCAAGUCUUUUCUCAGCAAUGAGAAUCAUCUUGUUUGGACUGGUUUUCUUCUUCCUGUCAAGUUUUUCAUGGGGGCGAUCUUUUUUGUUGAAGUAUCCUCACAUUGUAUCUUUGGGAUUUUUCAAGAAAGGUGGCCCAACCAGAAAACAGAUUGAGAGCACAUCUUUUUCCAUGACAUUUUUUGGGUAUGGCUACACUAAAGAUGUUACUGACAGAACUGGUCAAAAGCCAAACAAAAAAAUUGUUACCAAACUAAUGGGACCAGAACCAGGUUACGUGACCACUGCUAUUUGUAUGGUUCAGUCAGCUGUCAGUUUGUUGAAGGAAAAAUCUAAUAUCUUCCAUAAAGGAGGAGUCCUGACCCCUGGAGCAGCUUUCUCUGGCACUAACUUAAUGGAGCGACUUCAGAAACAUAACAUAACAUUAAUGACUAUCUCCCCUAACAACAGUCGGGACAAAAAGGCAGAUUAG